AUAUAUACUACACACAAUAGCUACUGAUUAAAGGAAAGAGAGCGCUACCAAGGACUAAUGUCUCUAGGAGUUUCUUCUAUAGGCUUCCUUGGAGCUGGUAAGAUUGCAUCAGCUUUGGCAAGGGGGUUCCUUGCAGCAGGACUGAUCAGUAAAGACAGGAUAACAGCUUCAGCUCCUUCAAGAAAAGACCUGGAAAAAAUUGAGGAUCUAGGUAUUAAUGUGACUGAGAGCAAUGAAGAGACUGCAAAGAACAGUGAAGUACUAUUGGUAGCAGUGAAACCUCACGUAGUACCCAAAGUAUUGAAAGAAGUGUCCCCUUGUAUAACAAAGGAUCACCUUAUAGUAUCAGUAGCAGCUGGAGUGACAAUUGAAACAAUAGAGAAGAAUCUACCAGACAACACUAGAGUCAUCAGGUGUAUGCCCAACACACCAGUGGUGGUCAGGAAUGGUGUCACCAUUUACUCUCAAGGUACUGCAGUACAAGAAGGAGACAAGAACCUAGUCCAUCAGCUACUGAUGUCCGUCGGAAUCUGCCAUGAAAUGGACGAGUAU